UCUUUUCCGGCUGAAGACCCACUGGAAUUUGGAGCUUUGAUGUGACGAAAUCUGUAAAAAUGAGAGAGAGGAAUGCUGCAAGAAUGAAGAUUGAAGAAGGACUCACAGGAAACAUAGGACUUCCCCUGAACCUGAUUGAAAAACAUGAGCCCUGGCCGGCCUAUGUCACAUAUACCUCCCCGACAGUGCAAAGGCUCAUUGAGAGAAGCAAAAUGAGAGAAAUGGAAUGCAUGCGAGCUCUUGAGGAAAGCCGCCGGAAGCAGAACAGGCAGCACAAGUUUUCCAGCAUCAUUCAGCUGAAAAGGAGAAAGUCAUCCAAGUCCUCUGGUGACAUUCUGUACAGGGACACACUGUCACAAGCCACGUUAUCAAUGUGGAGCACUUACUCUAUAGCAGCCAUGAGUCCUGCCAUGAUGCCAGAACCCACACAUAUACAAACGGAAGCCAGAGAAGGUCCCACUGCAAACUAUAAUAAGAUCAUCUUCUCCCAAAAGCCCAAGAAGAGGACACUUCUGUAUAACUCACCAGCAGCCAGCAAGGACAAGCACGGAAGUGUUUAGCAAGGGGUCCCUGCAGCUGUCCCCCAGGAAUGUGCCAGCAAAUAAGCUUCAUUUGCCACAAAUUUCAUUAUGUCCUUUAAAUUUGAACUUUUUCCUCCAUGUUCCUUCCAUACAGAGGCUGGUGGAGGGAAACCAGAUUAGGAUGUGGGCCAUGGGUGUGCCCUCCAGCAUUGUGGUCUGCUGGGGUUGGGCAGUCCCUGCCGUUCUAGUCUCUGCCAUAGAAGCUUAGAAUGUAAAUGUGGCUGAAUCAUCUGAUCCAGGCAGGGGACAGAAACCACACUUUAAUAUAAAGAAUUCUUAACAAGGAAACUGAAGAGAGCAGAAGGAAAACACAAAGGUAUCCACGGAAGUAGCAUCUGCAGGGAGCAGUUAUCACCCCUAAGGCUGUGGGUGGUGGGGUCAAGGGGAAGACAUUGGCUCAUUAAAAGUUAAGACGCUUGGAGACAGGACCUGUGGGCUGAAUCUCAGACUUCCGAGGUGGGGGAGUGGGGACGCCUCUCAGUUGGAGCUGGUGUCUCUGAGCUGCAAGGGAGUCCCUGUGGAGAUGGCAUCCCCACCUCUGAGCAGAGGGAGCUGUUUGGCUGGUGUCUUUGAGGGGACACCGUGAGGCUGCUUCUGUGAGUGUGAGCAAAACCAAAAACCGGAUUCAUAUUCUUCUGGAAGGAGUUGCCAUUGACUGGGUGAACAAAAAGGGCUGUUAAGGGUUGCGAGUAACUUCCUGGCAGAGAUAGGAAGCCAACAGAAGGUGAACAGAAUGUAGACAGGAAAGGAGCUAGUUCCUCCUUCCUUUUACAGCCUGGCAGAGUCCCGCUGGUGCCCCCUCUGGGCAAAGCUGUUCAUGGUACAAAGCAGCAAUGUGGUUUGCAGAAACUCAAACUCAGCAUCUCCAAGGAUAGGAUGGAUUUUGAAGCCAAGAGAAAAUUAGCUUAAUAACCACCACAGCACAGUUCUGAGAGAGCCCACCUGGCUGUUCCACUUGGCACCUGAACCCAGUAUUGAGAUGUUUUUGCCUUGAGGGACUUAAAAGGGGCAGCGGGGGCCACCAAAUGUCCCCUACUGAGAAAUAGAAGAUUCUUUUCCUCUGUACUUUAAAGUUUGCCUUGUGGAGCAGAAUUGGUGGGGGAGAAGUUCCUGGCUGGACCUCAGCUGUUAUUUGUCAGAGAACAGCUAGCAUUGGUCCACCCAUGCUCUGAGUUGGCUCCAAAGCAAACUAUGCUGAAAUCUUUUCAAUCUUCAAGCAGAUAAACUUUGUCUUUAAAUGCAAGGGGAAUCCAGUUAUGACAAGUCAGCACAGCCAGUCUCAUGUUUGGGGUUUAUCUACUGAGCAUGGCUGACCUAACCUGACUGUGUUUGUAUUUGCAAGACAGUUAAUAACCAUUUGGCUUCCCUUACAGCAUGUGAUGUGCUGAUUGAUAUGAGUGCCAUUUGAAAAAGUUAAGUUUGCCCUACAAUGCAUUUUCUCCAUCCCAGAGAAUUGUGCAGAUGUUUUCAGACACUUAUAGGAGUAGCUUUGGAGAACUUGUCUCUUGCCCUGUGCCUUGGUGUUGAGAUAGCUGCAUGAAUUAGGAACCUGUUUCUGGGUUCCAAACCCAUGGCCCAAAUUAUUAUUAUUAUUUUUUGCAAAAAUAUAGGUGCCUUCCAUGGAUUGUAUUUUGUAUCCCUGGAACAUUUAUAGACAUAGAGGCAGGCAGAAGAGUCUGUGUCUUUAUGGGUGUUUGUGGCCAAGGUAUACAUUUGGGAAGGUGUGGCUUACAGAGCCUCAUUGAGCAUUAGAGUUUAUAGGAAUCUGGGCUUUAAUAAGGGUUUCACAGUUGUUUUUUAAAAAAUUCUGUUUAAUAAGUGUUCACAGUUUUAUAAAUAAAAUUCUAGGCAUUUAAU